CCCUGCGGAACUCGCACUCCAGUAUAGCUGAAAUACAGAAAGAUGUGGAAUACAGAUUGCCAUUCACUGUAAAUAACCUGACAAUUAACAUUAAUAUUUUCCUCAGGAAAAACCGGUGAUCAGUGUUUAUCCACCCAUAAGACAUCACUUAAUGGAUAAACAAGGAAUAUAUGUUACCUCUCCAUUAGUGAACAAUUUUACAAUGCACUCAGAUCUUGGAAAAAUUAUUCAGAGUUUGUUGGAUGAGUUUUGGAAGAAUCCUCCAGUUUUAGCUCCUACUUCAACAGCAUUUCCAUACCUAUACAGUAACCCAAGUGGAAUGCCUCCUUACACUUCUCAGGGUUUUCCAUGUCUUCCUCCAUAUCCUCCACAAGAAGCCAACAGGAAUAUUUCUUUGUCUGUUGCCGACACUGUUUCUUCUUCAACGACAAGUUGCACACCAGCAAAGCCUGCCGCACCUUCUUUUGGCAUCCUUUCCGAUCUGCCGUUACCUGUUCCUACAGCAGACACUGCUACACCGAUAAGCCAAAAUGGUUUUGGUUACAAGAUGCCAGAAGUCCCUGAAGCAUUUCCAGAACUCUCAGAACUAAGUGUGUCACAGCUAACAGAUAUGAAUGAACAAGAGGAGAUUCUACUAGAGCAGUUUCUCACUUUGCCUCAACUAAAACAAAUUAUUAAUGACAAAGAUGACUUAGUAAAAAGUAUUGAGGAACUAGCAAGAAAAAAUCUCCUUUUGGAGCCUAGCUUGGAAGCCAAAAGACAAACUGUUUUAGAUAAGUAUGAAUUACUUACACAAAUGAAAUCUACUUUUGAAAAGAAGAUGCAAAGACAGCAUGAACUUAGCGAGAGUUGUAGUGCAAGUGCCCUACAAGCAAGGUUGAAAGUAGCUGCACAUGAAGCUGAAGAAGAAUCUGAUAAUAUUGCUGAAGAUUUCUUGGAAGGAAAAACUGAAAUAGAUGAUUUUCUCAGUAGCUUCAUGGAAAAAAGAACAAUUUGCCACUGUAGAAGAGCCAAAGAAGAGAAACUUCAACAGGCGAUAGCAAUGCACAGCAAAUUUCAUGCUCCUCUAUAGGUAAAUUUGUAUUUCAGGUUUGAAUCCUAAGGCUUUUAGUUGGUUAUUGUACUCUUUAACACAUAGUAUGCUUUGUACUAUACAUUUUACUUAUUAUAUUAAUAAUCAUAAAAUCAGUAGAAAUCUUUGGGGUUUUUUUUCUUAGUAGCAUACUGGUUUAAUGUGUUGUUUUGAAGACUUAUUUAUUCAGGACCCAGCACGAUUGCUCAGUGGCUAAGUCCUCGCCUUGCAUGCACCAGGAUCCUAUAGGGGUGCUGGUUCAUGUCCUGGCUGCUCCACUUCCCAUCCAGCUCCCUGCUUGUGGCCUGGGAAAGCAGUGGAGGAUGGCCCAAAGCCUUGGGACCCUGCACCCGCGUGGGAGACCUGCAAGAAGCUCCUGGCUCCUGAUCAGCUGAGUUCCUGCCAUUACAGCCACUUGGGGAGUGAAACCGUGGACUAAGAUCUUUCUCUCUUCUCUGUAUAUCUGCCUUUCCAAUAAGUAAAUCUUAAGAUUUAUUUAUUCAUUUUAAGGGCAGAGUUGCAGACAGAGUGAUAUUCUCCCCCUGCUGGUCACUCCCCAAGUAGUUGUGAUGGCAGAGGCAGGAACCUGCAGCUUCCUCCAGGUCUUCUGUGUGAGUGACAGGGACAUCUUCUGCUACCUUCCUAGCCGUCAUGGGCAUGGAGCUGCACUGAUAUGCAGUGGCCCUGACUCAAACCCCAUGCUCAUGGGUUGUAUGUGUCACAGGCAAGGGCUUAGCUGCACUGUUCCACAAUACCAGCCUCUUAAGGAACUACUAGAUAUUGAAAAAAA